CGGCUCUGAGAUGAGCGUCCGGCCUGCGCGGGCACACCAUGAAUAGGUACACAACGAUCAAGCAGCUCGGCGAUGGAACCUACGGUUCCGUCCUGCUGGGAAGAAGCAUUGAGUCUGGGGAGCUGAUUGCUAUUAAAAAAAUGAAAAGGAAGUUUUAUUCCUGGGAGGAAUGCAUGAACCUUCGUGAGGUUAAGUCUUUAAAGAAGCUCAACCAUGCCAAUAUAGUAAAACUAAAAGAAGUGAUCAGGGAGAACGAUCAUCUUUAUUUUAUCUUUGAGUACAUGCAGGAAAAUCUCUACCAGCUCAUUAAAGAAAGAAAUAAGUUGUUUCCUGAGUCUGCUAUAAGGAACAUCAUGUUUCAGAUACUGCAAGGACUUGCAUUUAUUCACAAACACGGCUUCUUCCAUCGGGACUUAAAGCCUGAGAACCUGCUCUGCAUGGGACCAGAUCUUGUGAAAAUCGCAGACUUUGGAUUGGCCCGGGAAAUCCGAUCCAGACCUCCAUACACAGAUUACGUCUCUACCAGAUGGUACAGGGCCCCCGAAGUGCUCCUGAGGUCCACCAACUACAGCUCCCCCAUUGACAUCUGGGCCGUGGGCUGCAUCAUGGCCGAGGUGUACACGCUCAGGCCACUCUUCCCCGGGGCCAGUGAGAUUGACACAAUCUUCAAAAUUUGCCAAGUACUGGGGACCCCGAAAAAGACUGACUGGCCAGAAGGCUACCAACUUUCAAGUGCUAUGAACUUCCGCUGGCCCCAGUGUGUACCCAAUAACUUAAAGACCCUGAUUCCUAAUGCUAGCAGCGAAGCCAUUCAGCUCCUGAGAGACCUGCUUCAGUGGGAUCCCAAGAAACGGCCAACAGCUAGUCAGGCGCUCCGAUAUCCUUACUUCCAGAUUGGGCAUCCCCUGGGCAGCACCACACAGAGCCUUCAGGAUUCCGGAAAACCACAGAAGGACAUCCUGGAAAAGGCAGGCCUGCCGCCUCACAUUAAGCCAGCCCCUCCUGCCCAGCCCCCGACCAAGCCACACACGCGGAUUUCUUCGAGACAGCAUCAAGCCAGCCAGCCCCCUCAGCAUCUCAUGUACCCCUACAAAGCAGAGGUGUCCAGGACAGAUCACCCGAGCCAUCUGCCGGAGGACAAGCCAAGCCCCUUACACUUCCCGUCCCUCCACGCCAAGAAUCCUCCAGCGAAAAUCCUCGCUGGGCUGGAGCACAAAAACGGUGAGAUCAAGCCAAAGAGUAGGAGAAGGUGGGGUCUUGUUUCCAGGUCGACAAAGGAUUCCGAUGACUGGGCUGACUUGGAUGACUUGGAUUUCAGUCCCUCCCUCACCAGGAUUGACCUGAAAAACAAGAAGAGACAGAGCGACGAGACUCUCUGCAGAUUUGAGAGUGUUUUGGACCUGAAGCCCACUGAGCCCAUGGGGACAGGAAACAGCGCCCCGACCCAGACUUCGUAUCAGAGGCAAGACACGCCGACCCUGAGAUCCUCGGCCAAGCAGCACUACUUGAAGCACUCCCGAUACUUGCCGGGAAUAAACAUAAGGAAUGGCAUCCUCCCAACUCCAGGCAAGGACUUUAUUCCAUCUAACCCGUGGUCUAGUUCUGGUUUGUCAGGAAAGUCUUCAGGGACGGUGUCAGUAAUCAGCAAGAUAAAUUCAGUUGGUUCCGGCUCUACAAGUUCUAGUGGACUGACUGGAAACUAUAUCCCUUCCUUUCUGAAAAAAGAAGUUGGUUCUGCUGUGCAGAGGGUACACUUGGCACCUAUUCCAGACCCUUCCCCUGGUUAUUCUUCCUUGAAGGCUGUGAGACCUCAUCCUGGACGGCCUUUCUUCCACACCCAGCCUAGGAGCACUCCUGGGCUGAUCCCACGGCCUCCGGCUGCCCAGCCAGUGCACGGCCGGACCGACUGGGCUUCCAAGUACGCCCCUCGGCGAUGACAGUCGGGAUCCCUUCCGUGGGGGAAAGCAGGACCCUGUCCCUCCGCCCACUGGCGUUCUCCCUGCAAGAAACUUUCGGAUGGUGUAAAAGCAAACACACGCUUUGUAGUUGUUCUUCUGAACUAAGACAUUUCAAUAUUCUUUUUUAAAGUUUUUUUCUUAAAUAUUGAUUUGUACAAAAUUAUUUUAUUCUAAUACUGGGUCCCAUUAUUUUCUUAAACAGCAGCAUUUUGUACAUAUGGAUUAUGUUUUAGUGUUUUAUACAGUCAACUUUGUAACAAACUUUUUAAAGAUUAAUUGAUUUUCUUUUGGGGUUCCAGAUAAUAUUUUAUACAGAUUUUUAAAAAUGUAAUAAUAUUGAUGCAGUAUUGCAACAGGGGUGCAAUUUAAAGCUACAUGACAGAGGGUUAUUUACUCAACGCGUGCGGAUAUUUGUGAAGUGGUUAAAUUUUAAAUGUGGCACAUGGGGUACCUCAGGCUUCCUUGGACUGACUUCAGCACUAGAAAAAUGGUCUUUUCAAUGUCACGUUAUUGGUUUGAUCUUUUGAGACCGCUGUGCCGUUCUGAAAGUAGUGUUAUGUAAUUAACUCAUUUGGUUUGGUGUUUGUUCCCCAGCUGAAAGAACUCUAAGUAAAUAUUUUUUGAAAUUUUUGUAACACCCUUUAUUGUGGUUGGAGAUAGCCAAAUGAACCCAGGCUUUAUCAUGCUAUGCCAUUCCAUUCUAUUUCUUCCAUUUUAAAAAUCAAAUUGUAUCAGCACCACAAAAGGGAAGCUUUUCUAGCCACAAGAUUCUCAACAUAAAGGUGAAUACAGUCAAUUAAACUGAUAUCCCUGCCAAGAUGCACGACCAAAAAGCUAAGUUUUGACACAGCAGAUUUUUUAUGAUAAUAACUGAUAGGAUUUUGCAUUCAGCUCAGUUCUCCAGGCCUGGCUGGGAACACACUACAAAUAAUCUCCUCUCCUAGCCGAAAUCUCAGGGCACCUUGGGAAGCAGAACAGAUUGGUGGCAGAGGAAGCCACAGUUACCAUGACACUAAGUGUCAGAGUGUGCCACAUUUGAACUUUGACCUCUUAACCCUUGUGUAGUUUCUUCCAACAGUGAGAACUCUAUUGGUUGGCAGUGGCGGUUCCACUGAGAGGAAUGUUUACAGCAAUUUUGAAAAUGACAAAGCUAGUUUGGAGACAGAAAAAGACAAGAGGUCCACUCUCACCCAUCUCUGUAGGACACAUUUGCCUCCACUCAUGGUUGCCUGACAGGCAAGAGGGAAGGGCACCUCCAGAGAAUGUAUUAUAAUCUCAAUAGUGUAUAGACUCAUUCUCCCAGGGCUCAAGUGCUCUCAUGUGGUUCCAGGUUCCAGGAUAUAGCAAGCUGAACCACAGGAAAGUGUCAUUUUUGUAGGUUAAAAUGAAUAUUGGCACUUCGAUAUGGUUCCGCCUAAUAAGUUGGGGAAUUACCACUUCAGUGUGUUAAUAAUACGUUGCAGCCUGACCUGAGCCAAUUACACCGUGGCUCCCCAAAAGCGCUAACCUAAAGUCGGGAGUCAUUUCUGCUUUGGAGAAUCUGGCUCAAAAACAUACUUGACCAAGCGCUAUGAUCCUAGGGCCGGGAGAAAAGCACAUAAUGGAUGUGGACUUAAUAGGUAAUAUUUUCCUGUUAACAAACUGGCGGCAGAGCUUCAGAAAAUAUGUAUGUGUAAGCACAACUUGAACCUGAAUUCAUUUCUGUAUUAUAUUCUCAACUCAUUCUCGAAAGCAACAGAAAAAUGUGUUUUCAGAGACAAGUCCUUUACUGAGGUUAAUAUUUAUUUCCCUUUCUGUAUUAUGUAUACAGAGUAAGUUAAUCUGUAACCUUCCUCAGCUUGCUGGAAAGCUGGGUUUAAAUUGUAAAUACCCUGUAGAAAGCAAAUGGAUUGUGAAUACCAUAUUCUUGAAACUCUAGCUUAUGCUAAGGUCAUUACUUUUUUUUUUAAUUGAAAAACUAGUUACCUGGUUAAUACACAUUAUAAAGUGGUUUUUCUAAUAUUUUUGUAGGGCCCUAGCUGGUUUGGCUCAGUGGAUAGAGCCUUGGAGUGAAGGGUCCUGGGUUCAAUUUCUAUCAGGACAUGUACCUCGGUUACAGGCUCAAUCCCCCAUGUGGAGGCAACCAAUCGUUGUGUGUCUCUCUGUCUCUCCCCUUCCACUCUCGCAAAAAAUCAAUAGAAAAAUAUCCUCAGGUGAGGAUUAACAAAAACUUUAAAAAAUAAUAUUUUUGUAGGGUCCAAAUUCAGAAAAAUAUUUCACUUUUCUUCCUCUUCCUCUUUCCUUUAUUUAUCUGAAAACAACUUCCUUUGGGAAGCUAAACAUGUAUUCAUAUGAAAGUCAAGAAACAGAUGUUCAGCUGAGAAAACUAGAAAACUGGAAAAAAAACACCUGUAAAUUCUAAAGAACUAGCAAAAUCCUAUAAAGUACUCCCCCUUGCCCUGAAAUGGGUAAAGGACAAAUUGUGUAUACAAGCUGUUUACUAUAGAAAGAAAUAGUGACCUUUUUUUUUUAGUGAAAAAAAAUAUGCUACCUGUGCAUGUAUUUUUCACUUACUAUUGAAUUAUAAAGUGUACUGCAAGACACCAAGAGGAACGACAAGUGUAACUGUACCCUCCAUUACUAUACCUCGUUGCCAGUCAGAAAGCUUCCCAGGACGUCGGGCAACGGUACAGGGAUGGCUCUUCUUUUGGGCCCAAAGGUUCAGUGACAGGUGUGCCCAGGCGUCCACAUGUGAACUGCACAGGCACAAAAAUUACCUGGUGUAAUUGUUCAUUUCACAAUAAAAUCUCAUUCAUUGCUAAGCCCUCACCCAGCUCAUGUAUGAUAGGGUUUAAAUAGGAAGAAAAUAGAUUUUCAAACAAGUUUUAAGACACAUUUCACCCAAAGGACUAACUAACAUCUAUAUCAUCUUCUGGGAUUCUCAAGGACUGAGUACAAUCAAGGCAACACAUGUAAAAACCAACAAUUCUUGUUUGUCAAGAAUUGUCAAGAACUUUUGUUUUCCAGUACAAAUCCCAGUACUGCUGGAGUUCAUGGGCACCGUAUUUCCUCAUGAAGUAGCAUUUCCCUUCCAUCAAGCCAUUGGUUUGUGCCAUUUAGGAGAGAAAAAGAAAGUAGGCUGUAUGUUUCAGCUCAGUGUAUGACCAAAAGCAAUAUAUGUGACAUACUAAUUAUGCAUCAUUUAAAGCAUACUGUAGCAACUUGUUUGUUUAAUAUAUGUGGUUAAUUUUUAGAAUUAUUUUUACACUUUUCAACCAAAGUACUGUAUUUUGUAUAAUUUAUUGUGAGGACCUUCUCACAGAAACCAUUAAGAAGACAGACUGGAGGCAAAUAUUACAUUCAUCUGUAUUAUUGGUUUCUUAUAGACACUGUGCUAAUGUGAAUUUAAAAUGACCUGAGUAAGUAAAUAGUCUUCUGAUCUCAGAUAUCUGGGCAGUGGUAGAAAUUUUAAUCACCUGAUUUGAUUACAAGGGAGUAACUAAGAAUAUAUUUAUUUAUAAAGCAAAUAUUCAAAAUGAUGAGAAGAUAGAGGACAGAAACCACUUAUGUAAGCCCCUCUGAAAUAAAAUGUUGCUUUUUGAAUAGUUCAUCCUAAGGUGUUUUAAAAUGUUAAUUUUACAUUUAUAAAAUUCUGCUCCAAAUAAAGUUAUGGUUUAAGAAAAA